GUUCGACAUCGUCGACCCCCUCCCACCGUCCUGUCCCUCGUCUUAUCGGCAAUGUUUACCCCGGUGGAAUCUGCCCUGGGAGCACUUCUCCUCCAGCAGGCGUCAACUACUCUUCUCUUCAACAAUGGCUGCAUUCUAGGCGCAUCCGGUCAACUCCGGGGGCUGUUGACCGGCCCAUCGUUUAGGAACAUAGCCUUCGUCUUGGGCAUGGCAUUGAGCCUCUUCAUCGUGAAGACACUGUUUCCAACUUUCAUCCCCGAAUAUCCAGAUGUGCAGCAGAAUUGGCAUGACUCCUUGUGGAUUGUCGGAGCCGGUGUCUUAACGGGUUAUGGGACCAAAAACUGCAAUGGCUGCACUUCCGGUCAUAUGUUGUGCGGUAUCAGCCGUCUUUCAGCACGGUCUCUGAUUGCUACACUUAUUUUCAUGAUCACCGCCUUCACGACGCACCAUUUCCUGGAGCCUUCCACUGAAUCAAUCAAUUGUCCCGCGGGCGUUGAAUGCUACAAGCCGGUCUACCCAAAAUCCGAUACGGCGGUCAAUAUCGGGCUCAUGGUCGCAGCGACAAUAUCUGCCCUUCACAUGCUUCCAACCGUCAUCUUUCAGGUCACCAAGAACAAAGACAUGGCUGGUUUUACCACUCGAGCGCUCGUGGGAUUCGCGUUCGGACUGGGGCUCCUGGUGUCCGGAUUCGCCGAUCCCGCCAAAGUCUUGUCGUUCUUCUCCAUCUCUUUUGGACCUCUCUCGAUCACCCGCUGGGAUCCUUCCCUUGGAUUUGUGGGCAUCUUUGCCAUCAUCCCGAACAUCAUCUGGUGGAAUGUCUUGUGCUCAGAGCCGCCUAGCGCCGACUGUGGCAAGCCUCCAAGGUACAACGCCCGUUACGAACUCUCGACAACGUCACUCAGCAGCGUCACUUUGCGUUUCUUGAUAGGCGCUGUCCUGUUUGGGCUUGCUUGGGGCGCUUCAGGUAGCUGUCCCGGUCCAGCAAUUCUGAGAGCUCUACGGCAACCUAUGUGGGGAGUGUUGUGGAUGGAAGGCUUUCUGAUGGGUAGUCUCGUGCCCUUUUAGUUCUGGAUCUAUCUGCAGUGUUCCUGAGUUUGUUUGAGAAUCUCUGGUGCCGCUGCAGACAGUUGUAGGCGGGUUUAUAAACCAGUAGAGGAUAAAGAGGAUAAAGCAGCGACCAUAUGGCUCUGCAGUGACAAAUUGAGGCUCCUUCCGGGCCAUCAAAUAUACACACCCGGAUUAGGGACCUGAACGCCUGAACAAAUCAGACGGUUGUGGCGUGACGGACACCUUUUCCAACUAUGUCUGGAGAUACUUCUCGUACUUAACGCUUGGCCAUACAA